GUUCCGGCGCGGGCGGGAGCGCGGGCCCCGCUGCCAUGUCCGCUGCGGGCCCCGGGCCCGGCUCCGGAGCCGCCUCUCGGCCUUGAAGACUGCUGAGGAACACACGAUUUGAAUCAUUUAAGCAUUAAAAUAGUAAUACCCAUGGAAGAGCCACAAGACUUACCUGAACAACCAGUGAAAAAAGCCAAGAUGCAGGAAUCCAGAGAACAGAGCCUGAGUCAUGUGAGCAACACAGAGAUCAGCGAUCAGAAACCUGAAUCUUCAAGCCUUGGUUCAAACCUUCCCAUGUCCAGUGAGAUUAUGGCAUGCACUGAUUAUAUCCCAAGGUCAUCAAAUGAUUAUACCUCACAAAUAUAUUCUGCAAAGCCAUAUGCACAUAUCCUUUCUGUACCAGUAUCGGAGACAAUGAGCCCUUACUCUGGUCAGCCUCAGUACCAAGCACUACAGCAGUCCCCGCCCUACACUAUCUACCCCCAGACCACGCAGACCUAUGGACUACCUCCUUUUGGUGCACUGUGGCCAGGUAUGAAACCUGAAAGUGGUUUAAUUCAGACUCCAUCUACAAGUCAGCACAGUGUUCUUACCUGCACUACAGGGUUAACCACAAGCCAGCCCAGCCCAGCACAUUAUUCUUAUUCCAUUGAAGCAUCGACUACAAAUGCCAGUCCAGUCUCUACAUCCUCAACUGUUGUCAAUAUUUCCACGUCAGCAGUAGCCAGCAUCUCACAGGAAUAUCCUACAUACACGAUCCUUGGCCAGAGUCAGUACCAGACGUGUUACCCGAGCUCAGGCUUCGGAGUGGUGCCACCAGCAGACAGCAGCACGGACAGCCUGGCGUUGGCCACCACCACGUACCCAGCUGAGAAGGCGACGGCGGCGCCUGUGCGGGCGGCGCAGAGACCCCCCUCGGGAGAUGCAUCCACAAGUCCUUCAUUAUCAAGAGCAACAGCAAGUAAAGAGUUAGAUGAGCAGGCAAGAAAAAACAUCCCUGGGAAGAACAGAGGGAAGAGGAAGGCAGAUACCUCCUCUUCACAGGACAGUGAACUGGAGCGGGUGUUUCUCUGGGACUUGGAUGAGACCAUCAUCAUCUUCCAUUCACUUCUCACAGGGUCUUAUGCUCAAAAAUAUGGCAAGGAUCCAACUCUAGUGAUUGGCUCAGGUCUGUCCAUGGAGGAGAUGAUUUUUGAAGUCGCUGAUACUCACUUGUUUUUCAAUGACUUGGAGGAGUGUGACCAGGUACACAUAGAAGAUGUGGCAUCUGAUGACAAUGGCCAAGAUCUAAGCAACUACAACUUCUCCACGGAUGGGUUCAGUGGCUCAGGAAGCAACACAAACCACAGCUCCUCGGUUGGUGUGCAGGGAGUGGACUGGAUGAGGAAACUGGCCUUCCGCUACCGCAGGGUACGCGAGAUCUACAACAAAUACAAGGCUGAUGUUGGAGGCCUGCUUAGCCCGCAGAAGAGGGAAGCUCUCCAGCGACUGAGGACUGAUAUAGAAGUGCUAACAGAUUCCUGGCUAGAAACUGCAUUAAAGUCCCUGCUGCUCAUCCAGUCCAGAAAAAACUGUGAGAACAUCCUGAUCACAACUACCCAACUGAUGCCAGCUCUUGCCAAAGUUCUCCUGUAUGGAUUGGGCGAAGUGUUUCCCAUUGAAAAUAUUUAUAGUGCUACAAAAAUAGGUAAAGAGAGCUGCUUCGAGAGGAUCGUGUCGCGGUUUGGGAAGAAGGUCACCUACGUGGUGAUCGGGGACGGGCGCGACGAGGAGGUGGCAGCCAAGCAGCACAACAUGCCGUUCUGGAGGAUCACAAAUCACGCCGACCUCGUGUCCCUUCACCAAGCCCUUGAGUUAGACUUCCUGUAAGAAGCUGGAGCAGAGGCGAGACUGCAGCUCCUGUGAGCUCUCUCCGUCACUGGAGAGGCAGAAAUCUCACACAUUUGAGGACUCACUUUUCAGCUUGAUGAAGAAAACAUACCUGAUGCAAAAUCUACAGUGGAACAUGACAGCAGGUCAUUCCUCAGGAGUCCUGCCAAGUCCCAGACGUGUCCUGCAAAGGAGCCCUAGACUCAGCAGGGCUACAGCUUGUCUGCCAGAAGGGACUUACAGAGUCAGCUGAAUGCUUCUGGCAGGUGUCUCCAGAGGGAGGGGCCAUACAACAGCAGAAGUAUUUGUAAGAGCCCUCUCCUUUCUAUUCAGCUUAGUUGUAGAACCCAAGUACACAUAAAACCUUAUUUUUAUAGGAAAACGCUGAUGGCAGAGCUGAACCUUCCUUGUUUUGCCAAGCCGAAGAGCUAUGGGUUUUUUUCAUGGGAAAUAUUAAUGAAAAUGUCAAAAAUACCUCUAUUGCUGUAAAAUGUGUCCUCUCUCCUUUCCUGGGUGUUCAAAGCAGUUAAUUUAUUACAAUGUCCUUAUUUCCUCAAUGUGGGAUUACUGGAAAACAGAAAAAUAAGGGAACGCUUCUGGGAUAUGUGGUUCUUUGUAGAGGCAAAUGUUGGUGUUCUGAGUUUAUCCUGGUGGCUUCUAGUCAAAUAUGUGCACAAGUCCUGUUAGCCAGCAGGAGACCAUUGGAUUCCAGCCUUGGCCCGGACCGUAGAUCCCACAGAUUUUCCCUGUAAAGGAAAAUGAAACCGCCUGUGAACAUCAGGUAUGGCAGACUAGUGCAUACUGCUCAGAUGUGAACAGAGUCCUCACCUGGACUAGGAAUAAUCUAAUUCCUAAAUCCUCAUGAAUGUUACAGAGAAGGCUCUGGCUAUGGUUGUUAACCUUCACCUCUGCAUUCCUGACUCCGUGUGUGAGAAAAAGCUCCUUUUAGUAGAAUCAGAUUCAGUUUUCUUAUAUUCUUCUUUGCAUUAGCCUAAAUACAUAGUGAGAAACAAAUGCCUUGUUAAGAGGGACUUAAUUUUCUAAGACACUGUGACUUGGCAGCCUGGAGCACACUAGCCUUGAGAGGAAUGGCAAUGCUGAUUUUUCUGCCACUGUCUCAGAAAAGAGACUGGAGCCAGUGACCUGCAGCUCCCCUGGCAAGGAACAGGCAACUGGGGACUGGGGCUGGCAUAGGGGCUGGUUUUGUGCCAGGUCAGGCUGUGUUUGGUGGCAUCUGCCUCCCCCUGCACCCCGAUGGCACCAGAUCAGCAGGUGCUUGGGGUUCCUGCCCUGAGGACGGGUGUGUGCUGCACCCCAGCCAGACCUGUGGCUGCACCCAGACCCGUGGCUGCACCCAGACCCCUCCAGAUUGCUGGUCCCAGCCCCACGUCACCUGUCUGGGACCCACAGGGGACUGGGCUGAAAGUCUGUCACUGCAGGGGGGACACUGACCCACUCGCUGUGCCCACACAAGGGAUGUAUUUGCUGCAUUCCUUCCAUGGCAUUAAUUACUGAGGGAUAUUUCCAUCAGUGCAGGCUCCGCUGUGCCCUGGGAACGUCUGUUCCUGGGCCAUCUCCAGUGACCACUGGGGAGAAGGUGCCUAGAGCCAGGGGUUUGGAUCCCCAGUGCUUAGGGAGUGGACCCAGGAGCUCUGUUUCAUAUUGUCCUAGCUCCUAGCUCCAGUUUCCUUUUUUUUUUUUUUUUAAUUAAAUUGGAAUCAAAGGAGAUUCUUUUUCCAAGGUGGUCACAGGAGUCAGGAGUGAUCAGCUUUCCAUCCAGCUCCUUGUCAGGUGUUGGCCUUUUGCUCUGAUCCCAGAUGGAUACUGGGUCUGCAUAUUUCCCCAGGAGCUCUGCAGCAGGAACACACUGUUAUGUGGGAGCUGCUGCCCACAAGCAGCGGGACCACUCACCCCAUGAGGGGAAUCUGAGGACAGGUGUCUGCUGCGGGUGUCACUGGGCAGCUCAGCAGAGGGGGAGGUGUUUGGCUGCCCUUGGGGCUGCUGGCCCAGGAGAGCCCUGGGGCUGUGCUGGGGGUGUUAGCAGCAGGUUUGGAGAGGGGAGCAGGAGUCCCCAGGGAUGUUCUCUGUACCAGAUGGAGAGCUCAGGUGUGUUACCACCUAUUCCAGGCAGCUGGAGCAGCUCCAGCUCCAUGACUGCUGGGUCCACAGAUCCAGUUCCUCUGGGGUCCCUGUGAAGUGUGUUACUGUGCCAGCCAGAGCUGUGCCAAGGAGCAGCCCCGUUGCUCCCAGGGUUGGAAAUAUCACCAGAGGAUCAGGACUUACCUGGAGUCACAGAAGAGCCUGUGUGGGAUCCUGAACAUCCCUCAGUGAGUCCCAGUCCAUCCAAAGGUCUCCUGUAAGCAGGCUUGGGAGCUGUCCCAAGCUGUGCAGCAGCCUAUUGGGAGCACAUCUUGUACUCUGGCUGGCUAAGCUUUGGGAUUAAAACCUGUGCCUUAACCUCCCACCACUGGCAUGGCCAAGUAGCCCCUUUGCUUUGCUCCCGUGGGAAGCAGCUGGUGAGAGCUGUGCUGGGGAGGGGCUGGGUUUGCCCAGGCAUUCUCAGUGGGUGCUGGGCCUGUGGGCCUGAGCCACCUGGCAGCUGGCUGUGCUUUUUGUUUGUUUACUUCCAAAUGUUUUAAGGAAAUUUUAAGAUAUCGGUAAAAUUUUAGCUGAGCGUGGAACUUGCAGCCACUGACAUUUCAUACUGAUAUUUAUACGAUGUUUCCUUGAAUGUAUGUAAAGUACUUUUAUAACAUGAGGUUGAUGGUACAUUUCUGUGUUUGUUACUAAAGGGUGACCUGGCUAUUUUAUUUUUUUUCCUCUGUUGGCUGAAUUUAAGCCUUUUCCUGUCUCUCAUGAGGCAGAAACAGCACCUCUAUCCAAGUAUUGAUUUUUCUCCUGUCUCUGUCACCAGUUCAGCUACAGCCAGGUAGGCUAAUGGAAGAGCAAACCCAAACACCUGAAGGACAGUCAGCCUGUGGGCCUGGGGCACCUGAGCUCACCUGGAUGCUGCCAGCCUCCCCUGCAGCUUCACCACAGCCACGGAGGCUUUAAAAACCACCUGAUCCACUAAUAUUUGCUGCCUCCGAGAGCCCUGGGGGAGGUGUCUGUGCUGGCAGUGGUGGGCAGGACCCCUGGAGUCCAGAGCAGCCCUUGCAGUGCUAUGAGGGGUGAGUCCCAGGCACUGCUGGCUGUGGGGUCUCUGCCUGUUCAUGGUCUGUAAUGGGAACUGUUCUAUGAACUGGAAAAAAAAAUAAAGUCUUUAUUUUCUAUA